AGAGAGUUCAGAAGUCUAGGUAUGCUUGCAGGAAAAAAAACGAAUUCCAAAUCAUUUUAAAGUGAAUAAUUAGGAUAAAAAUGUACCCUAUUAAGCUCUUUCUUUUUAUUGCUCCUCUAGUUAUUUCUUCCAGAAUUGACCAAGAUUAUUCAUCAUUUGAUUCUGUAUCUCCAGAGCCAAAAUCAAGAUUUGCUAUGUUAGAUGAUGUAAAAAUUUUAGCCAAUGGCCUACUUCAGUUAGGACAUGGUCUUAAAGACUUUGUUCAUAAGACUAAGGGCCAAAUUAAUGACAUAUUUCAAAAACUCAACAUAUUUGAUCAGUCUUUUUAUGACUUAUCACUGCAAACCAAUGAAAUCAAAGAAGAAGAAAAGGAACUUAGAAGAACUACAUCCAGACUGCAAGUCAAAAAUGAAGAAGUAAAGAACAUGUCACUUGAACUCAACUCAAAACUUGAAAGUCUCCUUGAAGAAAAAAUUCUACUUCAACAAAAAGUGAGAUACCUGGAGGACCAAUUAACCAAUUUAAUUAAAAAUCAACCUGAAAUUCAGGAACACCCGGAAAUAACUUCACUCAAAACUUUUGUAGAACAGCAAGAUAAUAGCAUCAAAGAUCUUCUUCAGAUCGUGGAAGAACAAUACAGACAAUUAAAUCAACAGCACAGUCAAAUAAAAGAAAUUGAAAAUCAGUUAAGAAGAACUGGUGUUCAAGAAUCCACAGAAAAUUCUCUUUCUUCUAAACCAAGAGCACCAAGAACCACUCCCUCUCUUCACUUGAAUGAAACAAAAAAUGUAGAACAUGAUGACAUUCCUGCUGAUUGUACCAUCAUUUAUAAUAGAGGUGAACAUACAAGUGGCAUCUAUUCCAUUAGACCCAGCAACUCUCAAGUUUUCAACGUCUACUGUGAUGUUACAUCAGGUAGUUCAUGGACAUUAAUUCAACACCGAAUAGAUGGAUCACAAAACUUCAAUGAAACUUGGGAAAACUACAAAUAUGGUUUUGGGAGGCUUGAUGGAGAAUUUUGGUUGGGUCUAGAGAAGAUAUACUCCCUAGUAAAGCAAUCUAAAUAUAUCUUACGAAUUGAGCUAGAAGAUUGGAAAGACAACAAGCAUUAUAUUGAAUAUUCUUUUCACUUGGGAGAUCAUGAAACCAACUAUACACUACAUCUAGUUGAGAUUGCUGGCAAUGUCCCCAACGCACUCCCGGAACACAAAGAUUUGAUGUUUUCUACUUGGGAUCACAAAGCAAAAGGACACUUCAAUUGUCCAGAAAGUAAUUCAGGAGGUUGGUGGUGCCAUGAUGUAUGUGGGGAAAACAACCUAAAUGGUAAAUAUAACAAGCCAAAAGCAAAGACUAAGCCAGAGAGGAGAAGAGGAAUAUGCUGGAAGUCUCAAAAUGGAAGGUUAUACUCUAUCAAAUCAACCAAAAUGUUGAUCCGCCCAACAGAUUCAGAAAAUUCUGAAUGAACUGAGGCAAUUUAAAAAGCCAAUAAAUUAAACAUUAAACUCAUCCGAAAUUA